CUCCGCUGUCAGCUGCUGCUCGCCGCUGACCGCCUCCGCUGUCAGCUGCUGCCCGCCGCUGACCGUCGCCGCCAUCAUGGUGUACUGGUUCUACAAGCGCAAGGACCUGAAGAGCACGCCGUCGGCUCAGGAUGCCAUCACGCAGGAGACGGAGAUGCGCUACCGCAAGGAGGGCGCCCGCUUCAUCAUGGACCUGGGCAAUAAGAUCGGCCUGCGCUACGACACGGUGGCCACCGGCGUCGUCUUCAUGCACCGCUUCUACAUGUUCCACUCGUUCAAGGAGUUUGACAGAUACGUGACCGCCUGCUGCUGCCUCUUCCUGGCCGGCAAGGUGGAGGAGACGCCCAAGAAGUGCAAGGACAUUAUCAAGGUGGCCAAGACCCUGCUGCCCGACACCAAGUUCGUGGCGUUCGGUGAUGACCCUAAGGAGGAGGUCAUGACUAUGGAGCGGAUUCUGCUGCAGACAAUCAAGUUUGACCUGCAGGUGGACCAUCCGUACACCUACCUCAUCAAAUACGCCAAAUGUCUGAAAGGGGACAAGGUGAAGCUGCACAAGUGUGUGCAGAUGGCCUGGACGUUCGUCAACGACUCGCUCUGCACCACCCUCUGCCUGCAGUGGGAACCGGAGAUUAUAGCGAUCGCGCUCAUGUACCUGGCCGGCAAGUUGAGCAAGUUCGAAGUGGUGGACUGGGUGGGCCGCCAGCCGCACCACCUGCGCUGGUGGGACAUGUUCGUCGAGGACAUCUCCAUGGAGCUGCUGGAAGACAUCUGCCACCAGGUGCUGGACCUGUACACCCAGGCGAAGGCGGCCGGCGUCGCCACCGAAAGUCCGCCGCCGUCCGCCGUCGCCGGGCUGGCCAAGGUCGAGGCCGUCGACCCAGCCGCCUUCGUGCUCGCGCCGCCGGCGGCCGACGUCACGCCGAAGAAGGAGUACCGCAAGUCGACGCCCACCACGCCGCCGGGCGCGCCACCCAAGACAGAGUACCCGCCGUUCGGGUACGUGACGGUGCGCUGA